AUGUGGUCGAUUGUCAUCUGGAUGACGGUGUUCAAUUUCGUUUCUUCAGAAUCGACGAAUAUGAAGUCUUGUGAUGUGCUCUAUUACAGAGUUGAGAACGGCUACAAUCAGAAGCGAGUGGUAGUAUUUUAUGACGAACGGUUCGAGGAUUUAGCUGGCGAAAUUGGCUGCGUAUUGUCUAGCUUAAAUUUGUCUCCAGGUAGUAGCAAUGUCUCGUUGCCGAGAGGCAUCACUCUACAAGAGAUCUGCAAAAGACCAGACAUGGAGGAGAUAUGCGUUAACAACGCCAUCAUGUUACAUAUGAAACUACUUUUUAACGAAAAAUGGAUCGCUCAUAUAAUUACACCGCGUUCGGAUCUCAUAGUUCCACUCCAGACCAGCAAAAACCUCGAGCCGAUGUCGGAAUCGUUUACGGUUACAAUGGAGGCAGUGGCUAUGGCAUGGGGUCCAGUACACUUCCUACAAGACAAAUCCAAGUACAAAUCUCUUUCAGAUAUCAUUAAGGCGCUUAAAAAAAAAUACGUUCUAAUACCAACAGUGGUCGUCCUCAUGGUAUUCUGCAUUGCUUUAGUGGCGUCGUUCGGUUAUUUGGCUAACCGUAAAAAACGAGCAGCUGUGCAAAAAGCAAUGCAAAACCGAAAAGCUCAACUCCUAGCGGAUUGGGGAAAUGAGACUUUGGAGGGUGAUAUCGAGUGGAAGAUCGACGAUCCAGAGGGGAACGAUGCCGCUGAUUCGUUAAAGCCAGCCGAUCAAACGUCGCUCAUAACACACCGAUCUGGGCGGCAAGCCAAGUCAGAGAUCAGUAUAUUGUCAUUUAGAACUGUGAGAGCUUAG